CAAAAACAGAGGUCCAAAACUACCAUAAACACCAUAUAAGCAUGAGCAGCUCAUUCGCUUCCUCUCGCAAGGCACUUAGUAAGAUUGCUUGUAAUCGCCUACAAAAAGAGCUGGUAGAGUGGCAGGUCAACCCUCCCUCCGGUUUCAAGCACAAAGUCACCGAUAAUCUUCAAAGGUGGGUAAUUGAAGUCAAUGGAGCUGCGGGAACUUUGUACGCCAGUGAAACAUAUCAGCUUCAGGUGGAUUUCCCUGAACAUUACCCUAUGGAAGCCCCCCAGGUGAUAUUUCUUCAAUCAACACCUCUCCAUCCACAUAUUUACAGCAAUGGUCAUAUUUGUUUAGACAUCUUAUAUGAUUCAUGGUCCCCAGCCAUGACAGUUGGGAUUUUCUGA